AUGGGUCCUUUUGAUGUUCUUUUUGCUUCUACGAUAGUCAAAUUUCUUCCAAAUUUGAAGGUUUUGAGCUUGAGAUGCUCAUUGAUAGUUAAGGAUGGCCUAUUGCUUAUAUUGGAUGACCUACCAAAUCUGGAAGUUCUCAACAUCUCGCAUAGUCUUCUUAUAGAAGGUCCACUUCUUUCUCCUGUGAUGCCCGAAAAAAUUAUUAAGAAGCCAGAUAAAAUUAUUUUGGAAAAGGUUGCUCGAUUACGUGACUUCUUAACAUGUAUUGAGCACUCGUGCAUCAUGUGCCAGCUUACUCAAAGUGAUGAAGGCUUUAUGAGAUGGUACAAGUAUGAAGAAGGUCUAUGGAAAAUGGAUGAGGCAAGGUCUCUUGCUCUUUGA